AUGGAACACGCUGGUGUAUUUCACGAGCGUGAUGCAGCCAAACCAGGCCGAGACUGGAAACAGCGGGCUUUCACCAUAGGUAUUGGUGGCCCCGUGGGCAGUGGCAAGACAGCACUCAUGCUGGCACUUUGUCGCGCGCUUAAGGAUCAGUUCAGUCUAGCCGCUGUGACCAAUGACAUCUUUACGCGCGAGGACGGUGAGUUCCUCGUGCGCCACGACGCGCUGCCAAAAGAGCGUAUUCGGGCUAUUGAGACAGGUGGCUGCCCCCACGCAGCCAUCCGCGAGGAUAUCUCAGCCAACUUGCAGGCCUGUGAGGAUCUGACUGACGAGUUUGAUGCACAACUGCUGCUUGUCGAAUCAGGAGGAGAUAAUCUGGCUGCCAACUUUAGCCGCGAGCUAGCUGACUACAUCAUCUACGUCAUUGAUGUAGCUGGAGGUGAUAAAGUGCCUCGUAAAGGUGGUCCAGGCAUCACCCAAGCAGAUUUGCUGAUCAUCAAUAAGAUCGACCUGGCUCCGCAUGUGGGUGCGGAUUUAGACGUCAUGAAUCGUGAUGCAAAGCUGAUGCGUGGCAAUGGACCGACGGUUUUCUCGCAGAUUAAUCAGGAAAAUGGCGUGAAAGAGAUUAUCAGUCAUGUAGUUACGGCCUACAAAGCUGCUUUGUAG